AGCAACAAAGAAGGGGCAUUGACCACUCUAUCCACAGCACUUGGCACUGGCACCGGCCAUCUUUACUUUGAUGCGCACCACAGCUGAACGCCCUUUUUUUCCCUUUCAAAAAUAAAUCACGUGCUGCCACCAAAAAACGGGUUCCCUUUCCAACUCAACUCGCCACUUCAUCACACACAACACAGAGGAUUAUGGCUUCCUCAGUAUCAUCAGCAACAGGAUCGCUGCGAAACUCGACAGGAGGAGGGCGUACGUCGUUUGUGGACACAUCGAGUCAACGCCUCUCCAUAGGAAGCGCGCGACUGUCGUUACUUCCCAACAAGAAUGCAGUGCCGACUCUAGCAUUGCCAACACCCCAAUUCGAUAGUGAGGAGCUCUCUGCGCGCGCGGCAACAUUCACGAGCGACGUCAAUGCUGCGAUUCAAAAGAUCAAGACAAAGAUUGCGGACAAUACAGAGCAAUGGGUUCAGGACACUGCAGAAGCACGAGAGACGGAUCGAGAGAUACGGGAAGAAAUGAGGAUUGCCAUCGCACAGGAAACAGCCCUCGCAAAAGCACUUAAUAAGGAAAAGGAGGAGGCGAACAAUAUGUCGAAGGCUGUUCAACAGCUGACGGCACGCUCAGAAGACAUGGAACAACUACGUGCGUCUCUUAUAGAACAAGUUGCCAUUCUCAGGAGGGAAGUGAAAGCCAAGCGAGAAGCCAAGAUUGCACAGAAGAAGGCGCUGGAUGAGCAGGUCCUGAAGAAUAAGCCAGAGCUGGCAAGUUUCGAGUCCGUUCUGGCCAUGCGAAUCGUUGGCGUUAAAGAGGACCAAAUUGGAUUUGUAUUUACGCGGAUAAGCGAGCAGGAUUGGGAUCGGGAAUACACUAUUACAGUGGACGUCUCUCAACACGAAUUUGCAGUCGAGGACUGCAGCCCGGCAUUACCGGAGCUCCAAUUAUUGCUGCGUUAUUUGAAUGAAACCAGGGACUUUUAUGGGUUUCUCAAGAAGGUCAGGAAGGCAUUCAAGGAUCUCGCCAAGAAGUAACGCACUGUGCGUGAAAGGAAAAAAAAAAAAAAAAAAAAAAAAACCAGUAAAAUUCAGUGGAUAUUCAUCCACUUGUUUCCCAGGAAGAGAUGACAGCGGACGUCGC